CUAAAUACUUAUUUGCCCCACUGUAUAUGUGCGUGUUUUUUUUCCUGAUAAUACUGUCGCAAUAAUAACCUUUGUGUUGAUCUGAUUACGUGGUCUCCUCCGUUUUGCACAUGUGUGUCCAGAGUCCGCGGGUGUACGGACUGCAUGCGAGUCAUAUGCAGUGGGCAUUGGGCAUCGCAGGCGAUCUGCAUCGUAUUUGUUGCGUCAUUCGGAACGGAGCUAAGCGUAGCGCGGCGGAUCCUGUGGGUUUUGGGGGUUAUACAGCUUAACAGUUUCACGAUGUGUAAACAUUAAUAGCAAUGAAGAAUUAUGUGGCCGGCCUUUUUUCAUCUUCUUCGAGUGUGAGGUCACGUCCAUGGAACAAUCCCAGCCAGCCAAUAGAGCACAAUUCUUUAGUGCAUGAAUGUACCACUAUGGCUCUUAAUAAUGUCGCCAAACUCAACUAUUGAAAAAUGUCAUUAAUAAAGUAAUGUUUGGUUAGAAUAGUUUUGCUUUUUUAACUGUUGUGUAUGUGGGGGUGUUAUUGUUGUCCCCGCCUCCUUAUUUGUCCAUCCUCUCAAUUACGUAUUUUCCACUCCUGCUUCACAUGUCCGCCUCAUCAGAUCGGUGGCCUCGAUCACUUCUCAAGGUUAAAGGUCACUCAGUCACUUGGGGGCCCUCACGUCAGGUCGCAUCAGUGCACUUGGUUCUUUGUGGAUGGAAUGAAUUCAUCUGCACUUAUCUCUCUGGACACUUUACCCAUUUAGCUUUCAGGAAGAGGAGGAUGGGUACUUACAUGGUGUUGAAUGGGGAAAAGGAACAAGCAUACUCGCAUGACUUCCUCCCCGAUGCACUUUUUAAGGUUGAUGUACAGUUUUCAGGCUUGUCGGAGUUAUAUAAUACACACACAUAUGUAGACUGAACUGUAAUUAUUGGACUUAAGAUAACUUACUUUAGUCAAAGGUGAAACGUUUUCUAUAAAAGGUGGGAAAGCUGUUGUUUGCAUAGGCGUCUGCAUUUAAACUGAAUUUCUCUCUUAAAGAAGUAAUAUAGGUUGUUAUUCAUGGUGCGAUGGACAUUUUGAUUAGGAACUUCUGUGUUUGCAAUUGUGUGUACUUUUGCGUAGGUGUGGGUGACUCCCAGUAGGGGAUUAGUCUUUGACACCCUUCUAGAAGCCAAACCUCACUUUAACACACCCACCACAUGCCAUGCCAAUUGCAGCUGUUGGGCCUCAUUGCUCGAGAUGUAGAGAAUGCCUCACACUCUGCAAUUAGAGCUGCAGAUUGCUGAAUAGCACACAUUGCACUGCCCUAAAAUGGCACUUGGUCCCUUUCUGCUCUUGAGAACACAGAGUAAAUAGAAAUUGAUGAGAGCCAGUCAUCGAAAACUGGGCCAGUCUGUCUCAGGGCUGACAGAAUGUGUUCUGUGCAAGCUGCUCCUUGCAAUGUGCUGUUACACUGGCUAAAGCAACCAAAUGGUGAAAAAGCCCUCAUUGAUGGGGUUGGUUUCUCACGCCUUACUCAGAAUGUUCGCUUUCCAUCGAGUCAAGUGGUGCAUUGUGAUCUCAACCAAAGACAUGCAAAUAUAUGAAACAGAUGCACUACCUCUUUUUGCCGAUAUGUCAGCAGCGGUAAUCCCUCACAACGAUGUGUUGUGUGGACUCUGGAAGCUCUACAUAUGUGUUAACAAGGGAAAAGCCAUGUCACCUUGGCACAUGUGAUAGUUCCUCGCCUUCACAGGCUUUUUUUUUUCAAUAAGGCUGGAUGCUCAGGGUAGAUAAAUGGGGGCUUUUGUGGCCUUUGCCAGAGGGAGAACUAAACAAUGCAAGGACACACACAGAGAAGGGUCUUUUCAAGAGAAAACCACUAAAAGAAGUAUUUCUAUAGCUCCUCCUUCCUUUUUCACUCGCACCCUCCUUUACUUACUUCUGCCUCAUAUUCACCUCCCAAAUGGUCUUCCUCCUACAUGAGAACAGAGCCUCACUCUCAAAAUGUUCCCAUAAACGGGCACAGGGAAUGGAAAUAACUCAGGCUAUUUCCCAUCUCUACCCUUUCACUGACUUAUUACUGAGCUCUGGCCAUUACGUGUGCUCACUACCCUGAUAAUGCACUGUGUUUCAUACUUCUCCAAAUACAAUUUGAGUCCACUUUUUAGGCAUAUUUAGUCUGAGUACAACUUAACAUUUAUUGUUUUCAUCUAGCAUCAGGGAAAAAUGGUCUGCUCUAUCGGAGUUGGACCAUUCCCUAUAUUGAUCUGUAAUGCAAGUUAGUUGUCAGCCCUAGCCCAUGGCUUGUCUGCAUGUUACCAAAGAGGGGAAAAGAACAAAAAAGUUGCAUGACUGUAUGUGAAAUUGAAAACACAUGAUUAUCACAAUUUUUUUAAUGGUAUCUCUGUAGAAUAAGAAAUAUUCUAAAUAAUUAGAUAAAAAUGUUAUCAGACCUCUCUUUUCAGACCUUGAUUAAUUACAAAAUAACUUGUUGCAGUUAAAUAUAAUGCUACAGGUGGCUGGACAUGACUUUGAAAAGAGAUUUGUUUUGACUAUGACCUGCUUAGCAAAGAAAACAUCCUAAGUCAGGCCUAUCGAUUGAUUGAUGUUUGUUAGUUAUUAGCAGCAGUUUUUAUACUCCUUUCUCUGUACCAACAUGGCGGUCUGAUAUGAGAAGACGUGCUCCUUCAUAAUAAGGGAAGGAUUUGAUUGAUUGGCAAUCUAAUCCUUUAAUCAUGACAGCAUCACUCUCAGAUAAUCAAGAAUCCUUCAAUAACAACCGUUGCCUGGCACCGCCAGACUAUUCUCCCUGUAUUUUUCAAACACUGUGAGAAUAGUCUGGGACCCAGCCCAUUAACGGCCUCUCGAGCAAGCACAAAAUCAACCAUCCAAUCAGAUUCGUUUAUUUGCGUGACGUGUCCUUAACGAGUAACAUCACUCUUGCGCGCCGAAAGUCGUAUCUACAACAACACAGAUGGCAAACCGGAGAGCCGAGAAUAUGUUCCAGUCCAUGGUGAAAUCAGUUUGAAAUUACCAAAAACACAUCGACACAAGUCAUUGACAACAGUCAACAUGGCUCACACUAGCCAUUUUGAAUACACUCCGCUCAAGCUAGUUACUUGUUGCUUUAACAACUGCCCGUCGCUGAUUGGUCCACUCUGCUGUCUGUUUGCUGUGGCUUGCUCCGCCCUGGAAAUUUGAUCCGCCGGACGGUCGCCAGACUCAAUCACUGGAACAGCAGUGAGUCUGGUAUACCAGGCAAUAAUAACCGUGCCUUUACAAGCAUCUACUCACACACUGUAAAGAAUUAAUGUUUUAUUUUGCUUCAAAUAGAACAUACAAAAUGGACAGAAAGGACAUAUUUGAUUUAGUGGUUGUCCGACUUCAGUAACAUGCUGUAGUCCUUCACAAAUGGUUGUUCUGCCCUUUACUGAUCCCUAUUUGAUUUGCUGCUUUUAUUUUUUUCUCUUAUUUUAUUUUGAAUGAAACCUACUCUGUCAAUUGGAUUGUUCGUCAGCUUCGAUGAAGAAAUGCACUUUGUGCAUUAAGUCCCACUUGAUGAGUUUCCCACUCGGCUACACAACAAAGUCAGCUUUAGUCACAUACUGUAGGGGCAUAAAACUACCGUAGACCAAAAGUUGCCUGAAAAUAAUCUACAGCACAAUCGCCAUUCUGAUUUUUGAAGCACUUCACUUGUCUAAACAAUUUAGUGUCAAUCCAAUCCGGGGCCGGAUGUAUGGAGGGGCCGGGGUGGGCACGGCCCACCCAGACGUGAGUCGUGCCCACCCAAUCAAAAUGUCGGUGUUCUGUUAUGCAUAAAAUAUUGAUGGGUUUUGUGAUUGAAUACCUGAGUUUUAUUGCUUUUAUUACGUCUUAUUAGCAUCAUCUAGUGGAUGCCUUAAAUUACUGCAUCUCAUGCGCACUUUAUUUGAAAGAAACUGCAAUACGGAAGUGACGUUGUUCAGUAGAGACUCACACGACGAUGGGCGCAAUCAGUUCGCGCCAUCUCUGACCAUUUUGCCUUGAAUUUGAGGUUGCAUCGCCGGUUCACCUCUUCCAGCUGUCGUUCUACGUUGGCGGCAAGCUGUGAGGAAAGAUUCCACUCGUGGUGCCUCAGCAGUCCUCAGAUGCUUGUCCUUGACAUCCAAAUGCUGGUUACCAAUUGUUGUGCCAGUGGCCUUUUAUGAGUUAUGACAAUGGCAGCUCAAGAAGGAGUACCCUUCUCCCCGUGAUAUCAUGAAGACGGGUUCAAGAAGUCCGCUCUUCAAGGAGUUUACUUGCAAGAUAUGAGUAUUUUGAGCCCAGUCACGGAUAAUAAAUCAAACCUUGUGGGAGUCGUGGGAGGCCCAGAAGAAUUCCAUAGAGGCAUGCAGUCGGAAGAGUUAUUUAGCAGGAAACUCAAAUCCCUCAAUGGUAGUAUGGGACCACCAGGCGUCAACAUGCAGGGCAAGCACGAAGGUCCUGGCAAAACAAAUGGUGCUCCAGCCAUGCCUAAAAUGGGUGUUAGGGCCAGGGUAACAGAAUGGCCACCAAGGAAAGAUGGAUGGGAUGGACGGCCAUCACAAAACUAUCAGAGUGUGAUACCAAUGUUUCAGAACGGCCAGCAGGACCAUACAGUGGAAUUGAUUCCCCAAGAAGAGCCAGUCUGUUUGGAGGUAGACUUCUCUGAUGCAAAGUAUGCAUUGAGUGACCUCCUUAGCCACUCACCAUUGAAAGGUCUUCACCCUAUCCGUCAACGCAGCAAUAGUGACGUCACAAUCAGCGAUAUUGACUCUGAAGACGUUGUAGACCAGACAGCAGUCAAUCCAAACACCGGGGCCUCUUUACAUCGGGAAUAUGGAAGUACAUCCUCCAUUGACCGACAAGGUUUAGGUGGAGAUGGCUUUUUUACCAUGCUUAAGGGCUACAGAGUAGACACAUUGGACCACCGUAGUGUACCACCCCAAGGUUUUCCUGAGUUGUUGCGUUGUGAUACCUCUCUCUCACCCAGUUUACAGACAGCAGCCCAAAUCGCUAGGGGGGAGUUUGUCACAAUUCCAGGCUACGACUACGUAGACAGCUCUCUCUUCUACAGCAGGGAACGGGAGAAAUCCUUCAUGAGGCGUCUCAAAUCAGAGUCAUCUGAAACAUCUUUGUUCCGGAAAUUACGAACAAUUAAGAGCGAGAGUGAUGCUUUGAGACUCUCUCUUGAGGAUGAUCGACGACCGCUGAGUUUUCAAAAAUGCUUUGCCCACUAUGAUGUUCAGAGUGUUCUUUUUAACAUCAGUGAAGCUGUGGCAAGCAGAGCUAAUCUGAGUCAGAGGAAGAACACCACUACUGGGGCUUCUGCUGCUUCCGCUGGGGGAUUGUCCGGUGUUGGAGCUACUGCUCUACUGGGAUCAGGACCAGAUGCUGGAGCAUUAGGAUGUAGUAGCGGGAAUUCUGUCUUCUUUGAGUCACCACUAGGCAGCAGAGAAGAUUUAAACCCAAAGGAGAACUUGGAUGCUGAUGAGGGAGACGGAAAGAGCAAUAGUCUCGUGUUGGGCUGCCCGCACUUUCGUAACGAGAUCGGCGGUGAGGGCGAGAGAAAAAUUUCACUUUCCAGAUCUAACAGUGCCAACUACAGUGGAUUGUCAGAGAGCUGCUCCUUUGAAUCUUCACUAAGCUCCCACUGCACCAAUGCAGGCGUGUCUGUCCUUGAGGUCCCUCGAGAAAACCAGCCCAUCCAUAGGGAGAAGGUCAAACGCUAUAUCAUUGAGCACAUUGACCUUGGUGCUUACUACUAUCACAAGUUCUUCUAUGGAAAGGAGCAUCAAAACUAUUUUGGUGUGGACGACCAUCUGGGACCUGUGGCAGUCAGCAUCCGUAGGGAGCGAUUGGAUGAUGGAAAGGAGAAAGAUGGCAUGCAGUACAACUAUCGAGUCACCUUCAGAACCAGUCAGCUAACCACCCUCCGAGGAGCCAUAUUGGAAGAUGCAAUACCAUCCACAGCAAGACAUGGGACAGCCCGUGGAUUGCCUCUAAAGGAAGUACUUGAAUAUGUAAUCCCGGAGCUCAAUAUUCAAUGUUUGAGGCUGGCAAUAAACUCCCCCAAAGUUUCCGAACAACUCCUGAAGUUGGAUGAACAAGGGUUAAGUUUCCAGCACAAGGUUGGUGUGCUUUAUUGUAAAGCGGGCCAGAGCACCGAAGAAGAGAUGUACAAUAACGAGAGUGCUGGACCAGCGCUAGAGGAGUUCUUGGAUCUGCUGGGACAGAGAGUUCGCCUCAAAGGUUUCACUAAGUACAGAGCACAGCUUGAUAACAAAACCGAUUCCACAGGUACACAUUCGCUCUACACUACCUAUAAGGACUACGAGCUGAUGUUUCACGUAUCCACCAUGCUCCCUUACACACCGAACAACCGACAACAGCUUUUAAGGAAAAGGCACAUUGGCAAUGACAUCGUCACCAUAGUGUUUCAGGAGCCCGGGGCCCUUCCUUUUACUCCAAAGAGCAUCCGCUCUCAUUUCCAGCAUGUGUUUGUCAUCGUCAAAGUCCACAAUCCUUGCACUGAUAAUGUCUGCUACAGUGUGGCUGUGUCCAGGUCAAAAGACGUGCCUCCAUUCGGGCCUCCGAUUCCAAAGUCUGUGACCUUCCCAAAGUCUGCGGUUUUUAGGGACUUUCUGCUUGCCAAAGUCAUAAAUGGAGAAAAUGCAGCACAUAAGUCAGAAAAGUUCCGAGCCAUGGCGACACGAACACGGCAGGAGUACCUAAAGGACCUGGCGGAAAACUUUGUUAGCACUGCUACGAUUGACUCUGCUGUCAAAUUCAGUUUCAUUAACCUCGGGGCAAAGAAGAAGGAGAAAGUGAAACCCAGGAAGGAUGCACAUGUGUUCAGUGUUGGAGCCAUCACUUGGAGUGUUCGGGCCCGGGACUUUGGCCAGUCGAUGGAUGUGGACUGCUUGCUCGGCAUUUCCAAUGAGUUCAUUGUGCUCAUUGAGGAGGAAUCGAAAAAUGUAGUUUUCAACUGUUCUUGCCGCGAUGUCAUUGGAUGGACCUCAGGGAUUAUGAGUAUCAGGAUCUUCUAUGAGCGUGGGGAAUGUAUCAUGUUGUCUGCUCAUGACAACUGUGGAGAAGACAUUCGGGAGAUGGUGCAAAGAUUGGAGAUCACGACAAGAGGCUGUGAAACAAUAGAGAUGACUUUACGGCGCAACGGCCUGGGCCAACUCGGUUUCCACGUAAACUUUGAAGGAAUCGUGGCCGAUGUUGAACCCUUUGGCUUUGCUUGGAAGGCAGGCUUGAGACAGGGUAGCCGACUGGUGGAGAUCUGCAAGGUGGCUGUGGCUACACUCACCCAUGAACAGAUGAUUGACUUGCUACGUACCUCCGUUGCUGUUAAAGUGGUUAUUAUCCAACCAUAUGAAGAUGGGACACCGCGAAGGGGCUGCUCUGAGCUAUAUCGCAUUCCGAUGGUGGAGUACAAAGUUGACAGUGAGGGUACACCAUGCGAGUACAAAACACCCUUCAGAAGGAACACCACUUGGCAUCGGGUCCCUACGGCUGCUGGAGCUCCUUUGUCCAGAGGGUCACCUACCCAAGGUCCUGAUCGCCUCCAGUGCCAGCAGAUCCUGCAGCAACAUCAGGCUGCCAUCCCACGAAGCACAUCCUUUGAUAGAAAGUUACCAGAGGGAUCCAGGAUGAUGCAGGAUCUGGAGAAUCCCCAAGUUACAUCCUGUAACAAGGGAGACCACCACUACCGCAGCUCUCCCAGUAAUCAGUCCUCCUCCAGCGACCCAGGACCAUGUGGCAGCAGCUCCUGGUCCCAGCAACCUGGAUAUGAUGGAUGUCCCUCUCCUAUUCUUCAUGAACAUGCAGGAGACAUUCAAGGGGGCGAUGGAGACAUCCAUAGAGAAAGAGAACCCACUCUGGAGAGGACUAGGUCGGCAGAGGCCAAAUGGCACAUACCCUCUACUAAGAUUCUGAAUCCUCUGAAACAGCGAGAAGGAAGCAAAGACUGCCCUAACAAGCUUUCAAGGAUGGGUGAUAAAAACUCGAGCCACUCAAGUAGCAACACUCUUUCAAGCAACGCCUCAAGCAACAGCGAUGAUAAGCAUUUUGGCUCAGGAGACUUGAUGGACCCUGAGAUGUUGGGGCUCACAUACAUCAAAGGGGCCUCCACGGACAGUGGCAUCGACACCAAUCCCUGCAUGGUGCCUGGGGCUCGAGUGUUGAUACAGAGCAGGCUGGGGGAGCAAGGACACCCAUGGGUGUCAGAACAUCAUGAAGACGGGGCAUCUGAAGAGGAACACGGAAAACAGUACCUGACACAGGGUUAUGCUUCGGUCUUAUUGGCGAGUAAUGUGACAGAAGGAAGCAUCGGAGACCUGAGCGAGAUCUCUUCACACUCAAGUGGCUCACAUCACUCUGGCAGUCCAUUGGCGCGUGGGGCCAGAUAUUGCAUGUCUGCCGACUCCUCCAAGGUAUACACCAUCCCUCAAAGCAGCAGCUCAGGUGCUGAGCCUGGGCCAGGUCCCGAUUGCGACCUGGAACCCAGCUCAGAGGCUUGUGGACAGACACGUACACAGCCAGAUGGCAAUCUCCCAGUGAAGACAACUGCUAAUGAGGGUGAUGAUGAUGCUCACAGCAUUGAGGAACCUCCCAACAUUUCAGAGUGUGGAGGAGCUGAGAGCUUGUUAGCACUCCUUCUCAAAAUGCUGUCUGAGCGUGCAAGGCAGCUGUAUGCACAGGAGGCCGCCUGCCGCCUCCAGGCAGCCGAGCGGGAUGGAAAAUCAUUACAAAGACUUUCAAAGGAGGAAUACCUGAAAAUGAUGCUGCCCGACAGUCCAACAGGUGAAGGCAGGGGUCAAAAGCUGUCCGUGACGGCAAGUCUUUCGCCACGACAUUCCCUGUACCGGACGUUAUCGGACGAGAGUGUAUGUAGCAACCGCAAGGGCUCGUCCUACGCCAGCUCUCACAGCUCAAUGCUGGACCAAGCCAUGCCUAACGACAUCCUAUUCAGCACUACACCACCUUACCACUGCACGCUGCCUCCUCGCAUGAUCCACAACCAGCCGCAGUCAAAUCUGAGGAAUGAGUUUUGGUUCUCUGAUGGCUUCUUGGCAGACAGGUCAAAGUUCAGCGACCCAGGCCUCAUGCCCCUCCCAGACACUGCCACAGGCCUGGACUGGUCUCACCUGGUUGACGCAGCAAGAGCCUUUGAAGAUCAGCGUGUGGCAUCUUUCUGCACCAUGACAGACAUGCAGCGGGCAGAAGCACUGGAACUAUCAAGAGAGUUAACCAGGCGGGUUGUGGAAGCAGAAGGGGCGGCACUGGACACAGAUUCCCCAUCUACACUCACUGGCAAAGUGAACCAGCUGGAGGUGAUACUCAGGCAACUGCAGCACGACCUUCGAAAGGAGAAGGAGGACAAGGCGAUGCUGCAGGAGGAAGUACAGCACCUAAGGCAGGACAACAUGAGGCUACAGGAGGAGAGCCAAACUGCGUCGGCUCAGCUCAGGAAGUUCACCGAGUGGUUCUUUCACAGCAUCGACAAGAAGCCCUGAAACGGAGGCGGACAAAUGUCGCAUGUUGGCAACACUUGUGACUCGUAUUGGGAAGACUAUAGAAAAGUGUGGAGAAACAGAGCUCCUCCCAUAUAGCGCAAAGCUGUCUGUAUGUGACAUUAACAGUUUCUCCAUCACGCCAGCUGAGACUCCUCCUGGGAAAUUCCCUCAUCUCCGGCUGCGGGGAUGGAAUUCUUCCAUGAGAUCCUCUUACAGUAGUGGAAUGUAAAGCUCAUUUACUGUAGUCAACUUGUAACCUACCUACUACGUACUGUAUGUCACGUGUCUACUGUACCUGCAGCUGCUUCGGAAAAGAGGAUUUCAUGAAGUGGUACACGUUCAAGAGGAAUCAACUCUGGAGUGAAAAGUACAGCUGGUGGACUAAUGAAUGUACCUCAACUUGAGAUUUUUUGGGUCCUUAAAUGACAAAAAUGGGGGGUUUUACAGUUGCGCCUUUUUCUUUUGUUUUACUUCAACUUCACUUUUUGUUCCUUCAGUGUUGUGAUAAAGUGUCACAUUUCGGCAGCGGUUUUGAUGUUCAAAGGUGCUUUUUCCCAACACAUGAUUGUCGGUAGUCUCCAUUCACUGUCACGCUGUCCUAGCAAUAACAAGUUGUAGUUAUGAAACUGUGUUAGGAAUAAAACUAUGAAGAGUUUAGCACAAACAUGAAGCAGUUGAGAUUGUGCCUAAAACUCUUGGGUGUAAAUCGGAUUGUUUCUCUUGGCUUUUCUGAACACACGCCUUGUCUGUGGCUCACUGAUAGAAGCGUCCGUGCGUGUGUAUGUGCGAGUGACUGUGCGUUUGAGACCGUGUGUAGUUUCUCGGAGCAAAAAUGUGUUCUCAUGCAGUGGUUUUCAGAAAGCAUUAGAGCGAGCGCCAGUGAACCACAAUUACAAUGCCAAAUGUGUUUAUUUCUGUACAUAUCGGCCACAGAAGUGUCUUGUAUUUAACACUGUUAUUUAAGCUUAUUUAACCUAAAAUUGUUUAUUUUAUUAAGGGUAACUGAUUUUCUUUUUCUGCACUAAGGAGAGGUAAUGCUCUGUGUAUGUUGUAAAGUGUGUAGCUGGGCAGGGCUAAAAAAAAAAAAACAAGUAUAUAUUUAAAUAUAUAAAUGAUGAUUUUGGAGAUUCCAACAUUUGGAUGCUGCUAGAUUACAGUUUGCUGGUUUGUAUGCUUUUAAACAUGUCGCUCUGUCUCAUCCUUGGGGAGGCUGUGACACUGGUUGUUGUUAUGGUGUUUUGUUCUAUUUUUUAUUUUUAAUAAAUGUAGAUGGAAAUAUUUGUUUUUAAUAAUUUCGUUUGUUCAAUUCUACAAAACAUUUUGUUUUCGAUCUGGACCAAUGCUGCAUUCACAUGCGCUGGAAAAGAGCCUUACCACUUGCUAAUUGGUAAUCACGAGUACAUCCUGUUCAUGCAAGGGUGUAGGUUUGCAUAGGGACGGUAGGGACAUAACACUACUAACUUUUCAGGAUGCUAAAAUCGUCCCCACCAACUUUUAAGCAAC